CUAAGCUCACCGGAAAUGGCUUCGUUAUCUUUUCUCAUGUAGCGGAGCUCGUCAACUGUCAACACGGAUUUUACGCAAAACCAGCGCGCUUUAUUCUCACGUUGAAGAAAAUGGUGCAGAGGCUGACAUUUCGCACCAAACCCCGGAAUAAACGCCCGUAACUGUCCACUUUCUGACUUUGGUUGCAUCAGACUGACAGGAGGGAUGCCGGUGGAGAGUGGGAGCAGCGCUGCCCGUCAGGCCAAGCAGAAGAGGAAGUCCCACAGCCUCUCUAUCCGCAGGACCAACAGCACCGAGCAGGAGCGGUCCGGCCUGCAGAGGGACAUGCUGGAGGGACAGUCCUCUGAUAAUCUGGAAUCCCUGGUGAGAAUGGAGGACUCCAAACUGCCUCUGUCUCUGAGGAGCAAUCUGCUGGACCUGUUCAGUCAGAUCGAGAGGGAGUUCGAGAACCUUUACAUAGAAAACCUGGAACUACGCAGAGAGAUAGAAACGCUGAAUGAUCGUUUGACAGCAGAAGGGCAGACGUUCGAAGGUGCAGAUUUAGCCAAAGGGGCGCUCAAAACAAAAGCAAGUCAUAGCACAAGCCAGCUGUCACAGAAACUGAAGACGACCUACAAGGCUUCAACAAGCAAGCCGCGGUCUAAUUCUUGCACCGCCAGAGUAGGGGGAUCCCGCAACUUCAGCGUAACCAAUUGGGAGUUGUGGGGUGGAGACUCAUGGAUCGUGUCCAGUUUCAAAGCGACCACGUCCAGAGCCGUCUGUCAGCUGGUCCGAGAGUAUGUGGGCCACAGGGACGGAAUCUGGGACCUGAGUGUCACCAGGACUCAGCCUGUCGUUCUGGGCACGGCGUCAGCAGACCACACUGCCAUGCUGUGGAGCAUUGAAACUGGAAAGUGCCUCCUGAAGUACAUGGGCCACCAGGGAUCAGUCAACUCCAUCAAGUUUCACCCCACGGAACAGAUGGCUCUGACAGCCUCUGGAGACCAGACCGCUCACAUCUGGAGAUACAUGGUGCAGCUGCCCACGCCGCAGCCCGUGGCUGACAUCAGCCAGCAGACGCCCUGUGACGACGACGUGGACUUCUCAGACAAAGAUGAGGCUGACGGCGAGGUGGAGGGUCCGAACGACUGCCCCUCGAUCCGCGUGGCAACCACCACUCUACGCAGCCACCAGGGCGUGGUGAUCGCUGCUGAUUGGUUGGUUGGCGGUAAACAAGUGGUGACAGCCUCCUGGGACAGAGCUGCCAAUCUGUAUGAUGUGGAGACGUCCGAGCUUGUCCACUCACUCACUGGCCACGACCAGGAGCUGACCCACUGCUGCACACACCCCACCCAGCGUCUGGUGGUCACCUCGUCCAGGGACACCACCUUCAGGCUGUGGGACUUCAGGGACCCGUCCAUCCACUCGGUCAACGUUUUUCAGGGACACACAGACACGGUGACGUCUGCUGUGUUCACGGUCGGAGACAAUGUGGUGUCUGGAAGCGACGACCGGACUGUCAAAGUGUGGGACCUGAAGAACAUGAGGUCGCCCAUAGCAACCAUCCGGACCGACUCUGCUGUUAACAGGAUCAGCGUUUCGGUGACCCAGAAGAUCAUCGCCCUUCCUCAUGACAAUCGGCAGGUCCGGCUGUUCGACAUGUCCGGGGUGCGACUGGCUCGACUCCCGCGAAGCAACAGACAGGGUCACCGCCGCAUGGUGUGCUGCUCUGCCUGGUGUGAAGACAACACCUCCUGCAACCUGUUCACCUGCGGUUUUGACCGCCAAGCCAUCGGCUGGAACAUCAACAUCCCUGCCCUGCUGCAGGAAAAGUGACCUCCAGGUCCUUAAGCCGGUGUCACCGUACAGUGAGACCUCGCCUGAAACCGGUCCCUGUAUCCCGUACUCACCUCCUGAACAGGCCGCUCUUAUCACUGUAGUUUUGUCCUAUUACUGACCUUAAAUAGUCGCCUUUAGAGUCUACAGACGGCGCGUAAUUGAUACUCGCAACCCCUGAGGGACUCCAUCUGCCACGCUCUUAAUCAAGUCUGUUAAUAUACACAACAACACAUGGACUUUAGCUUCCUGUGUGAAUGAAAAUACCCACUUCAAAACAAAAAAAAAAGCCUAUGUAACACUGA